GAUGCGUUGAUUUUUUGGGGCCUCGGCCGACCGAUUUUCAAUCUGUGGGAUAAAUAAAAUAUUGGUAAUUUACAAAAUACAAAGAAUUAUUAAUAGAAAUUUAAUAAAGUAAGUGAAUUAAAAGAUAUAUGUGGUUAAUAAAAGUAAAACUUCAUUAACAUUAGCGCAUUUACUAUGUUUACGUAAUACCGGAACAUUUUAACAUUUCUUCACAAAAUGGUUUACGAGACUUUACCCCGGACUGUUCGAAUUCUUCUACUUGGUGAUCCUGGUGUUGGAAAAACUUCGCUAAUUCUAUCUUUAGUGACUGAAGAGUUUACCGAACAUGUGCCCUCUAAAGCUGAAGAGAUCACCAUCCCAGCUGAUGUUACACCUGAGCAAGUACCAACCAACAUAGUUGAUAUUUGUGUUGCAGAGCAAUCUUUAGAGCAAGUAGCUGAAGAAAUAGAGAAAGCACAUGUUAUAUGCAUAGUAUUUUCUGUAGACAAACAAGAAACUCUAAGUAAAAUAGCUUCUUAUUGGCUGCCCUUCGUUAGAGAUAACUGCCCAGAUGAUAUUAGAAAACCAGUAAUUCUAGUUGGAAACAAAAUUGAUUUGAUUGAUUAUUCAGUUAUUGAUAAUAUCUGGGAUAUAGCUGAGGAGUACCCGGAGGUGGAUAGAUGCAUAGAAUGUUCUGCAAAAACCCUGACAAAUGUAUCGGAAAUGUUUUACAAUGCACAAAAGGCUGUAUUACAUCCUAUAAGUCCAAUUUACUCUAUUGAGGAGCAAGAGUUGACAGAGAAAUGUAAAAGAGCACUAUCCAGAAUUUUUAAGAUCUGUGACUUAGAUGGAGAUGGCCUUUUAGAUGAUUACGAAGUGACUGUUUUCCAGAGGAAAUGUUUUGACACACCAUUGCAAUUGCAGGUUUUAGAUGAAGUAAAGUCAGUAAUUGCCCAAAAUGUUGCUGGUGGAAUUGAAAAUGAGUGUAUAACAAUAAAAGGAUUUAUAUUUUUACAUUGCUUGUUCAUACAAAGGGGAAGGAAUGAAACCACUUGGACAGUUCUACGCAAGUUUGGAUAUGAUGAAAGUUUAGAGUUAACACAUAGUUACUUAUAUGCUAAUAUUAAGGUUCCAGUAGGUUGUACUUCAGAGUUGUCUUAUAAAGGCCAACAGUUCCUGACACAGCUGUUUGAGAAGUAUGACAAAGAUAAAGAUGGCAUGUUGAACCCAACAGAGUUGAAGAAUGUAUUCUCAUGCUGUCCCAGAAUACCAUGGCAUAAUUUACGAUACACAGUUCCAACUAAUGACAAGGGAUAUUUGACAUUGCAAGGAUGGAUGUGUAGAUGGACUCUAAUGACAUUAUUAGACUUACAAAACACUAGUGCUUACUUAGCAUAUUUAGGUUUUAAUUUCUUGGAAAAUGAGACUCAAAAAUCUGCAAUACACAUAACUCGUGAGAAAAAAGUUGACAUUGCCAAGAAACAAUCCAGUCGUAAUGUUUACCAGUGUCACGUCAUCGGGCCAAGGUCGUGCGGCAAGACGUCUAUAUGUCGAAGCUUCCUCGGUAUAGCACAUAAGGUAAAUAAAUUCGUACAUAAGGUGCCACAGUACUGUCGUCGAUGUGCUGUCGCCUGAACAAAUAACUUGUUU